AUGCCAUUACUUGGAACACUUUCUCCAGAGAAGUUCUUUCCCAAUGGUCACCACAGAGACACUUUGACAAACACCUACUGUGUAUUGUUAGGAAGAAUACUGUCUGAGUUUAAAGACUUCUCCUGGCUUCAAAAAGUGCUCUCAGCCCACAUCUAUCAUCCUUACCAAGCUGAGAUGAGGCAACCAUCUGAAGUUUUUCAGCUACCAAUCAUCCUCAAGAAUGAGGCCAAGCAUGAGGAUUGUAUAGAUAUAUUGGACCAGUAUCAACAGGUCCUUGGUGAUGUUUACAUGAAGGCGUUUGGCUCCACUGACCUUCUUCGGUCCUAUAAAGUCCCUGUUGGUGGUGAUCAAUUAACUCGUGUACGUCUAGAGGAAGCGAAACACCUUCGUUCCUUUGCUACCUCACCAGAAAAGCGGUUUGAAGAUCUCCACCCUUUCAUAAUAGAGCUCUGGCACAUCAAGCAGGACUUCUUAGAGAAAUGCUUUAAAAAGCUGUUCAGUUCCAAAACUUUGAGACAAACUGGAACCCUAUACCAUUACAAGGGCAAGUUGCAAAGGAGCGAUGUAAAUGGAAAGGUUAAGGGCGCCUUUAAAGCGCAUCACGAUUUCCUGUCGCUGGCAGGUAAACAGAUGGUGAAGGAGCAGCUGAUGGAGUUCUUUGGCAUGGAGAGCCCUGAUUCCAGUUGCACCCGAUUCAGCUGGUGA